GUCUGGCAAGCGCCCUACCCUUUAAAGUCUGACGAGGUUCGUGUUUCUGUGAAACCUGUUCACCGCGCAAACCACCAACGGUUUUUCGAAUAUGACAUCCGAAUCGGCCACCUACGGUGGUAUGGGCGUCAGUGUUGUUGCCAACAUCACGAAGCACGCCGUCCUCUAUCUCUUAGGGUCUCUCUUGCUCUGGUACAUUGAAGCCAGCAUUCAGUCAUGGUAUCGGCUUCGAAAAUAUCCGGGUCCUUUUCUGGCAAAAUUCUCCUGCAUCUUCAUGGCGAAGACGCAGAGGAGCGGCGUCAUGAAUCUGAGAUACACGGAAGUUAACACCACAUACGGAACAAUCGCGCGGAUUGGUCCUAAUGAGCUGCUUACCAACGACCCGGAGCUUAUCAGACGCAUGAGCUCGGCUCGAUCCCAGUACAAACGCUCUGACUGGUACAGUGGAGUUCGCACGGAUCCGAAGCGGGACAACCUAAUGUCGGAGCUGGACGUUCAUACGCACGACAAGAGACGUGCUCAAAUGGCCAGCGCGUAUGCAGGCAAAGAAAACCCGACGUUGGAAUCUGACAUUGACGAUCGAAUUGCGACGUUGGUCUCGCUUAUCCGUCAAAAGUAUGUUUCUCAUGGUGGGGCCAUGCAACCCAUGGAUCUGGCUCGCAAGAUCCAAUUCUUCACCCUGGACGUGAUUACUCAGCUGGCCUAUGGAAAGCCGUUUGGCUACCUUGAGGGUGACCACGACGUCUAUGAAUAUGUUAAGAAUAGUGAAGCGCUCAUUGGCUUCCUGGCUACCAUGAUGGGAAUGCCACUUCUGAUGAAGUUCAUGGACCGCACGAAACUGAUUUCGCUCUUUGCACCGACACAGGAAGAUCCGAAGGGUCUGGGACGAAUGAUGCGGCGGGCCCGAGAUGUCGUAUCUGAACGUUUGGAUUUGGGCAAAAGCAAGGCGGACAUGUUAGGCGCAUGGAUUCGUAACGGUAUUCCUCAGCGACAGAUUGAGGCUGAAGUAAUCUUCCAGGUUAUAGCAGGUUCGGACACGACAGCAACAGCCUUGCGCAGUACUCUCCUACGACUUCUCACCACGCCCCGUAUCUGCACAAAACUGCGAAAGGAAAUGGAUACUGCCAUCGCCGAGGGAAAGAUAUCAUCACCUAUCACCAACGCUGAAGCCAGGAAGUUACCCUACCUGCAAGCCGUUGUGCGAGAGGGCCUCCGUAUGAACCCACCGUUUACUGGCUUGCUGGCCAAAGAAGUUCCUCCCGGUGGAGACACCUAUAAUGGGCACUAUCUGCCGGCCGGAACCCGUGUCGCUCACAGCACUUGGUCGGUAUCGAGACACCCUAUCUUCGGCGCCGACGUGGAAGUUUUCCGACCAGAGAGAUGGAUGGAGGCGGACGCCAAUGUGCCCAAGAUGGAGCAAAAUCUGGAUCUUCUCUUCGGCCAUGGUCGUUGGGGAUGUCUAGGCAAGCCCAUCGCGUACAUGCAGAUGAACAAGAUAUACGUGGAAAUGCUGCGCAAUUUCGACUUCGACAUCAUGAAUGCGAACAAGCCAUGGAUAAGCCAAAACUUCAACCUCUGGAAGCAGCAUGAUAUGUGGGUUCGUGUAUCCGAGAGAGGCUCGACGUGAAGCGCAUCCACCUUCACUUAAUGUUAGCAUCAACUGAUGCAAUGGUUAUAUGUUUUCGGCGUACAAUGGGGUGACGAUAAGGGUGGUAUUCUGGAGGGCGGUAUUCUGAAGGGUGGUGUCUUGAAGGGUGGUAUUCUGAAGGGCGGUCAUUCUGAAGGGUGGUAUUCUGUCCUUAUUAGUGUGGUACCAACUCUACCAUAGACACUACAGAUGUUUGUAUAGCAAUGCCA